GCAGAUGAGCGCAUUGAUACGGGAGCAGCUGCUUGCCCCGGGUAGAGGGCUAUCGGAUGAAGCAGGCUCAGGUAUCAGCUGACCAACACACCAACCAACUCGUCCAUUCCAUGCGGUGCAUCCAAAGCUCAACGGCUGCUUGUGUGCGUGUGUGUGUGUGUGUGUGUGUGUGCAGGUCAACAGCUGCAUCGACCAACUUCUGCAGAUGGACACCGCAGCGUCGAUGGCACCACUGGUGCGGCAGGCUGCCAAACACACCACACACCACAAAGCCCUCUGUUUGUCUGUGGAGUCUACUUUGCUUGGCGUCGCUCUCGUCGUGUUGAUUCAUUCGUCAGAUGGUGGCCAAGGUGAGUCGUCAAUUUGCUGCUGUGUCCGACCUGCUGGCCGAGUUGGCAGAGACCAUCAACUCGACCAUCGCACUGACAAGACAUCGCCGCACACAGGUGAGUGGGGGAGUGACCACAGGCAGGCACAAACACAAGACCCACACUGAUGUGGUGUGCACCUCUUAUGUCCUGUGUGUGUAUGUCCUUCUGUCUGUGUGUCAUCAGGCGCGACGGUUGCACAUGACUGACAUCCCUGCCAACCCCAUGAGCAUCAUCAUCGCACUGUCUGACCUGACCGCCGUCGCCCACCUCAAGUCGACAGCCCGGCCCAUCAGAAAUGCCCUCCGGCCGAUCGUCCGCCGCCUUCGGCUGCCGAAGGCCAUCGAGCGGGCGGGGGUGGGCGGUGUGGUGCAGUUCGACGAUCAGCUGAGCCACGGCGAUGUGAUGAAGGCCAUGUGGGUGGUGGAGGAGGAAGGCGAGGGCGCCUGGCGGGAGGUGAGCGACACACUCAGAGUCGCCGAGCACUGCGGCAAUUGCCAGCUGCCGGUCACUGUGGGUGCUGCGGAUCUGCAGACACACGCCACCAAGGCGGUAAACACGACACACAGAAGAGGCAAUCGGUGAGCUGCUGGAUGUGUGUGUUGGCUGCAGGACUUCCUGGCGCUGCCCCGUUUCUGUGCGCAGUGGAUGGUCGUCGGCCGCAAUGUGGCCUUCCGCCGCCCCACCGGCCAGCAAGACGGCACACUCGAGCUUUUCCGCCACAACAACAACGAGAUUCGCGCCAUCCGCAAUCAGCCCAACUUCGCCAUCACCAUCAAACCGCCCCUCCCCCUCCCCAACCGCCCAGUCCAUCCCUUCUCGCAGCACCCCUUCACCCACCACGCCAAGCCACACGACCCGCCCGCCAGCAACCGCAUCGUGUGGCAAAGCGGUGUGGGCUGGGCGACGGUUGGCGUCAACAACGGGACUGUUGACGUAUUGGCGAGUUCCAUGCUGAAGCAUCUGAUCCUGCAUCACCGGGUGCGGGCUGUGGGCGGCUUCACCGACUCGCCAACGGUGGUGGUUGACCGGUGAGUGGACGAACGGCACGCAAUGAGAGGGCGAAUGACUAUGUGGUGCGCUAUUGAUGUGUGUGUCAGUCGUGUGCGGGGUGGCCACGUCGACCGCAUCAUGACUCGAUCGCCACAUACGCCCACCGACGGAUGCUCAAGCGUGUUGACAUGGGAGCGGGCCGAUGGGGUCUGUGGGCAGGCGCAUCUGCUGACGUCAUCCAACGACCAGUUCAUCGCAUGGAUUUCCUUCGACAUCUCCCCAAACAACAACCAGAGCGGUACGCAUACACAUUCUCAGCACAUCCUCAUGCUGUCGUGUCGUUUGAUCAUCUGCUCUUGUCUGCGUGCAGUGGAGGUGACCAUCUGUACCUUCGAGGCGCCGGCAACGGGUGUCCCCCAUGACGCGCCCUUCGCACAGCGGUUCCCCCGGACGGCCGCCAAGGUGCGCCGCAUCCUUGGGCCGACCGCAGCCAUCAUCCUGGACGGCCAGGCGCCUUAGAUCAGGAAGGUGAGAGGGUCACACACGCAAUGGGAUGAUGAUGCGCGUGUGUGUUUGUGUCUGUAGAGACUUGUCUCCUUCGUGUUGUGCAGUUGCUCUGACAAGCUGCAUGUUGUGAGGAGAGGGCCGUUCAAGGUGACUGUCGCGUAGCGUACAUGAGGAUGAAUGAGGUGGACAAAUCGUUGAGACUCUGACUCGUGUUAGUUGGCAUCCAAGCUGUGUUUCUUG